ACGAAGCGUCAGUCGGGCGGACGAAGUCUUCAAGCGCGCGCGCACGCUACAGUAUAUUUUGAGGUUAGAAUUGGCGCGGUUUCGCUGGCCAGGUGCGCACACCGCCCCCGCUCGCACGCCUAACUCCGUCCCUCUCGCGCUACCUGACAGCUGUUUUCUCUCGGGAGAUUAUUAGUCAGAUGUUUCUGUGAACCAGUCGGAGCUCACCUGACGCGAUACGAUGGCCGCUGGCGGACGUACACCCAAGCAACGGAGGUUCGAGAUAUCUUCUACCAUGGCACUGAGGACCAACACUCCAAGACGGAGGCGUGGAAGCUGCAAGUGUCUGUUCGGAGCGCCAGACAGGGAUGAGACCAAGCGUCUCAUGGCAGAGCAGUACGCAAGGGAAAGGAAACGUUUUAUAAGGAGAUUCAACUUUGACAUUGAAACUGAAUGCGCUUAUAAAGGCGCUAAAUUGGACUCACCUGUUAAAUUUUAUGACGAGAAUAAGGAAAAUGGUAGCCCAAACAGUGCAAGGACGGGAGCAGAAGCAUUAGCGUGUGUAGAGAACACGGACUUGCGGGUGCUGGGUUCACCUUCACGACGCAGUGCUGGCAGUUCACCCAGGACUCCUACCAGGACUCCGAGGACACCGAGGACUCCUCGAGCAUCGAGGACACCACGUACUCCUAGAACUCCUGCGUCUAGAAGACAGCUGCAAAUGACAGAUUACUGGACGUUAAGGAAACACGGUGACGCUGCAUUGAGUGACAAAGAAAAUUAGUUCAUAAAAUAAAACUUAGGCUCAAGCCACAUUGCCGCAGAGUCGACGCAAAACGUCGCGUCUUCUUAAAUGUUGCAAAGUAAACCAAACUUAUUGCCACUAUAUAGUGUUCGUAUUUGUAAGGAACUAACUCAACAAACCAAAACAAAUUGGCACGGUUCUCCUUCAUUUUCAUUUACAAAAAUUUGUAUAUUAUAUAGUGGCGAUAAAGGUCAGUGUAAUUUUGCCACAUUUUAGAAAAGACGCGCCGCUUCACUUCUACUCUUCUUCAAUGUACCAGGCGGUUAAUACAUAUUAUAAUACAUAGCCUGUACGAAGUAUCAAGUUCUAAAUUAUAAAAGAGAACCAAUUUAUUAAAUAUUUAAUAAUUUUUAAUAUUAUAAGUGUAGCUUUUUAAGCUUUGUAUUUGUCAUAAGAAGAAACUAGUUUUUUAAAUCUGUCCUUUUUUACGCUUAUGUCCUGGACAGAGUUUGAUGCAGUUAAUUUAUAAGUAGUUUAAGAAAACAUUGAUAACAUAAAAUGUGGAAAGGAUCUCUCAAUAUAAUCUUUACCUCAACUUAGAUUUUACUUAAAAUUGUUUAUUAUUGAGUGCUUAUGAACUUAACAAGUUAAUAAUAUAUGAAGUUAAAGAAACUUAACAUAAGGAAUUUAAUAUUAUUUUUCAAAGAAUAACUUGCACAUAGAUACAUAUACUAAUAAUUUUUAGAUGAGGCUAAAAAAGUAAUAUUUCGUAAUUUUAUUUGGACUAAUCUGACAUAUUAUUUCACAUUUCCAAAUUAUUAUUUAACAAAAUUCCAAAUUAUAUACUUACUAAAGAAUCUUACAAUCUUUAACUAUAUAAUGAGGCGAUUUUAAAUUGAAGCGACAAUCAAAAUACAACGUGCCUUAGUUUUUAUACGGAAGUAAAGACAGCCUUAUAUUGAACAUUGGACAGUCUUUAUAUUGAAGUGAUAACGUCCAAAACAAAAUUAAAAAAAAAACAAAUAAUGUCUAAAAC